AGAUAGUGGCAGUGUUGAGCCCGGGAACCGGCGCCCAGCCCGCGGCGGUCCCCGCGGCCGCACAGUCUCCGCGGCAGAAUCCGACUCGCUGGAGCUACUGGGCCGCGAGGACACUGGGGAGCGGGAGGGGCUCGGGGGAGGCGAGGGGUCCCCGAUCCGCGUCCCCGAACUGUUCUCCUUUCCCCUCCGGCAAGAGCCCCGCUCCCUCCAAUUGAUCGAAAUUCACCCAGGGGGGCGGUCGAGGGAGAGAGAGGUCGUCGGCCGCUCGCCGGCUGCGCCUCCCUGGGCUUCGGCUGGGGAGCGGCCCGGGCUCGCGGGGCGAGCAGUGUGGGCUCCCGCACCCCCUCUGAGGGAGAUCGCGGGGUGGCAGUCCCCGUCGGCUCCGCCGCGCGGCCGCUUCAAUCCUCCCCCUCCCCCGCGCACGCCCUCCCCCUUCCUUUCAGUAGGACUCCGGGACUCGGGAGAGGGCGCGGGAGGCAGGCACACGGGCCCGACCCCACUCCAGCGCUCGCCGGGGACGCGGGCGGGCGGCGAGGGGACGCGGAGGGGGCGCGGGGCGGGCGCGGCCAUAGAGCAGAGGCGGCGGCGGCGGCGGCAGCAGUAGCGACCGCGGGCGGACCAGCGGCGGCAGGGCCGGCGGGCGCCGGGGACCGAACUGCACAGCUCAGCAAAAGCGCCCCAGCCCUCGGCGCGCCGCCUCCAGCGAGCCCAGCCGGGCAACAUUUUGUAACCCUCCAAUCCAUCUUUUGGAGAAAAGGGAAAAAAUAGCAUUGAGCGGAGAGAUGGGGGAAAUCUAAAUAAUAUAUAUGUACAUAUGCAUAUUUAUGUAUAUGUACAUAUAUGUGUAUUAUAUUUGGUUCCUGCUAAAAUUAGCCGGGCUCGCCGCGCGCCUGUGUGCGAGUGUGUGCGAGUGUGUGUGCGUGCGGGCGUGUGUGUGAAUGUGAUUACUCCAGGACUCCUCGGGCUCCGGAGACGCCAUUUUCCCCCUUGAUAUCUCUCUCCGUAAAUCGGUGGCGCGGCGGAGGCGGCCGCGGCGGGCGGGAAGCGCGGGGCUGGCCGGGGCGCUCGCCGCCGCCUGCGCGCCCGGGGGCCCCGGCGCCCCCCGAGCGAGGGCGGCCCGCCCCGCGCGUCGCCGUUUGACAGAUGCUCGUCGCUAUGGAGUUGCCGCAGCAGCACCUUUGGGGGCUCGGACGAGCGACCGGAGGCGGAAUCUGAGCGAGCGCCCGGGCCAGCGGAGCCGGAGCCGCCGGGACAUGGAUCUGACCCCUUCUGAGGGCUUCGCCACAUCUCCGUUCUUGGGACGUUGAACCCUACAGCUGGACGACUUUGUUCUUGGAAUUUUGGGUUUCUUCUCUUUUGACCCUUUCUGCUCCCCUUCAUCCCUUCCCUGUCCUGAGAACUCCUGAAGACUGUAGGAUUAUCAUGGAGCCCAGGGAAAUGUUAAGCAGCUGCCGGCAAAGAGGGAGUGAGUCGGAAUUCCUUCAGGGCUCCUCAUCCAGAUCCCCACCUGCUCCUGGCUGUUCAGGAGAGCCCUUGAAAGGCAUCUCUGUGGGUGGAGAACGCAUGGAGCCAGAGGAGGAGGAUGAAUUGGGCUCAGGACGAGAUGUGGAUUGCAAUUCUAAUGCAGACAGUGAGAAAUGGGUGGCUGGAGAUGGCUUGGAGGAGCAGGAGUUCUCCAUCAAGGAGGCCAACUUCACUGAGGGGAGCUUAAAGCUGAAGAUUCAGACCACAAAGCGGGCUAAGAAACCCCCCAAAAACCUGGAGAACUAUAUCUGCCCACCUGAGAUCAAGAUCACCAUAAAGCAGUCUGGGGACCAGAAGGUGUCCCGUACUGGGAAAAAUAGCAAAGCGACUAAGGAAGAUGAAAGAAACCACUCCAAAAAGAAGCUCCUCACAGCCGGUGACCCUACAGCCAGCGACCUCAAAGCAUUUCAGACACAGGCAUACGAGAGGCCCCAGAAACACUCAACACUUCAGUAUGACCCAGGUCACUCCCAGGGCUUCACCAGUGACACCUUAAAACCAAAGCACCAGCAAAAAAGCAGCAGUCAGAGCCACAUGGAAUGGUCCUCCAACUCUGACAGUGGACCAGCUACUCAGAAUUGCUUCAUCAGUCCAGAGGCUGGCCGAGACACUGCAAGCACCAGCAAGGUCCCAGCUCUUGAACCCGUGGCUUCCUUUGCAAAGGCCCAGAGUAAAAAAGGCAGUACAGGAGGGGCCUGGAGUCAGUUGUCCAGCAGUAGCAAAGACCUGCUCUUGGGAAGUGUGGUACCAUCCCCCAGCAGCCACAACUCCCCAGCGACCCCUAGCAGCUCGGCUGAGUGCAAUGGACUCCAGCCAUUGGGAGAUCAAGAUGGAGGAAGUACAAAGGACCUCCCAGAGCCACCCACUCUCAGUAGCAAGAAGAAGUCCAGUAAAAAAGAUAUGAUAAGCCAAACCCUACCGAACUCAGAUCUGGAUUGGGUCAAGAGUGCCCAGAAAGCAUUUGAAACCACAGAAGGGAAACGGGAGGCCUACUCUGCAGACAGUGCUCAAGAGGCAUCGCCAGCCCGGCAGAGCAUCAGUUCCGUCAGUAAUCCGGAAAAUGAUUCCAGUCAUGUCCGGAUUACUAUCCCCAUAAAGACACCUUCUCUGGAUCCAAGCAACCAUAAGAGGAAAAAGAGGCAGUCUAUUAAAGCUGUGGUGGAGAAAAUCGUUCCGGAGAAAGCACUGGCUUCAGGGAUUUCCAUGAGCAGCGAGGUUGUUAAUAGAAUACUUUCCAACUCAGAGGGAAGUAAGAAAGACCCUCGAGUCCCGAAGUUGGGUAAGAUGAUAGAGAACGAAACCCCCUCAGUUGGCCUUGAAACAGGUGGGAACGCUGAAAAGAUUGUCCCCGGAGGUGCGUCCAAGCAGAGGAAACCGCCCAUGGUCAUGACGUCACCCACACGCACAGAGCACGCUCCAUCAGGAAAGCUGUCUGAGAUCCAGCACCCCAAGUUUGCUGCAAAAAGGAGGUGUAGCAAGGCCAAACCUCCGGCUAUGCUUCGAGAGGCAGUCUUAGCUACCGCCGAAAAACUGAUGGUGGAGCCACCGUCUGCUUACCCCAUUACCCCAUCCAGCCCUCUGUACACCAACACGGACAGUCUUACUGUGAUCACACCGGUCAAAAAGAAGCGGGGACGACCAAAGAAGCAACCUCUGCUCACUGUGGAGACGAUUCACGAAGGCACUUCCACUAGCCCCGUCAGCCCAAUCAGCAGAGAGUUUCCUGGCACCAAGAAAAGGAAGAGACGGCGCAAUCUGGCUAAAUUGGCCCAGUUAGUGCCCGGAGAGGACAAACCCAUGAGCGAAAUGAAGUUUCACAAAAAGGUUGGCAAGCUUGGUGUGCUGGAUAAGAAGACCAUCAAAACGAUCAACAAGAUGAAGACACUCAAGAGAAAAAAUAUCUUAAAUCAGAUCUUGUCCUGUUCCAGCAGCGUGGCCCUAAAGGCCAAAGCUCCCCCAGAGACUAGUCCUGGGGCAGCAUCUAUCGAAAGUAAACUGGGAAAGCAGAUUAAUGUCAGCAAGAGAGGAACCAUCUACAUAGGCAAGAAGAGGGGCAGGAAGCCAAGGACAGAGCUUCCACCCCCAUCCGAGGAACCCAAAACAGCCAUCAAGCACCCCAGGCCUGUGUCUAGCCAGCCGGACGUUCCAGCCGUGCCUUCCAGCUUCCAGUCACCCGUGGCUUCUUCACCAGCAGCUAUGCACCCACUCUCAACACAGUUAGGUGGGUCCAAUGGCAACCUGAGCCCCGCCAGCACUGAAACCAAUUUUUCAGAGUUAAAAACUAUGCCGAACCUCCAGCCCAUCAGUGCUCUUCCAACCAAAACCCAGAAGGGAAUCCACGGUGGGACCUGGAAGCUGUCCCCACCCCGGCUGAUGGCCAACUCCCCAUCACACCUUUGCGAGAUUGGCUCACUGAAGGAGAUAACGUUGUCCCCUGUGAGUGAGUCCCACAGCGAGGAGACUAUCCCGAGCGACAGUGGCAUCGGGACAGACAACAACAGCACCUCCGACCAAGCAGAGAAGAGUUCAGAAUCCCGGCGGAGGUACUCUUUCGACUUCUGUUCCCUUGACAACCCAGAGGCCAUUCCAUCCGACACCAGCACAAAGAACCGGCACGGCCACCGGCAGAAGCAUCUCAUUGUGGACACUUUUCUGGCCCACGAAAGCCUCAAGAAGCCAAAGCACAAGAGGAAACGGAAGAGCCUGCAAAACCGCGAUGAUCUCCAGUUUCUGGCAGAGCUGGAAGAACUCAUCACCAAGUUUCAAGUGUUCAGGAUCUCCCACCGGGGCUACACUUUCUACCAUGAGAAUCCGUAUCCCAGCAUCUUUAGGAUUAACUUUGAUCAGUAUUACCCGGUGCCAUAUAUCCAGUACGACCCAUUGCUCUAUCUUCGUAGGACUUCAGACCUGAAGUCAAAGAAGAAGCGUGGUAGGCCUGCAAAAACCAAUGACACCAUGACAAAGGUGCCUUUUUUACAGGGGUUCAGCUACCCUAUCCCCAGUGGAAGUUACUAUGCACCCUAUGGAAUGCCUUACACAUCAAUGCCUAUGAUGAACCUUGGUUACUAUGGUCAGUACCCGGCUCCUCUGUACCUGUCACACACACUCGGAGCAGCAUCCCCUUUCAUGAGGCCGACAGUGCCACCACCCCAGUUCCACGCAAGUUCUCAUGUAAAGAUAUCCGGGGCAACGAAACAUAAAGCCAAGCAUGGCGUCCACUUGCAGGGAACCGUAGGCAUGGGCCUUGGUGACAUACAGCCAUCCCUGAACCCUCCCAAGGUGGGCGGGGCCACUCUGUCCAGCAGUAGGCUCCACAAGAGGAAACACAAACAUAAGCGUAAGCACAAGGAAGACCGAAUCCUAGGGACCCAUGACAACCUGAGUGGUCUCUUUGCAGGCAAAGCCACAGGCUUCUCCAGCCACCUCCUGAGUGAACGGCUCAGCGGUUCCGACAAAGAGCUGCCGCUGGUGAGCGAGAAGAGCAAACACAAGGAGAGACAGAAGCACCAGCACGGGGAGGCCAGCCACAAGGUUUCCAAGAACAACUUUGAGGUGGACACCCUGUCUACGCUGUCACUUUCUGACGCCCAGCACUGGACACAGGCUAAGGACAAAGGUGACUUGAGCAGUGAGCCUGUGGAGUCCUGUGCUAAAAGGUACUCUGGCAGCGGUGGAGACAGCACAAGAUCGGAGGGUCUGGAUGUGUUCAGUGAAAUGAAUCCUUCCAGCGACAAGUGGGACAGUGACAUGGGUGGGAGUAAGAGGAGGAGCUUUGAAGGCUUUGGGACGUACAGGGAGAAGGACAUCCAAGCCUUCAAGAUGAAUCGCAAGGAGAGAGGUUCUUAUGAGUCCUCCAUGUCUCCAGGGAUGCCAAGUCCCCACUUAAAAGUGGACCAGACAGCAGCACACAGUAAGAGCGAGGGCUCAAUAUCUGCCAUGAUGGCCAGGAAGAAGCCAACUGCAGUGGACAGUGUUGCGAUUCCCUCAGCACCCGUGUUAUCUCUCCUUGCUGCAUCUGCAGCAACAUCGGAUGCAGCCAGCUCCUCCCUGAAGAAGAGAUUCAAGAGACGGGAGAUCGAAGCCAUCCAAUGCGAAGUGCGGAAGAUGUGCCAUUACACCAAGCUUCUGUCCACCAAGAAGAACCUGGACCACGUGAACAAAAUCCUGAAGGCCAAGCGGCUGCAGAGACAAUCAAAGACGGGCAACAACUUUGUCAAGAAGAGGCGAGGCCGGCCUAGGAAGCAGCCCUCACAGUUCGAUGAGGACUCCAGAGACCAAAUGCCAGUGCUGGAAAAGUGCAUUGACCUACCCAGCAAGAGAGGCCAGAAGCCCAGCCUGAGUCCCCUAGCGCUGGAACCGGCCUCGGGCCAGGAUGCAGUGAUGGCCACCAUCGAGGCUGUCAUCCACAUGGCUCGGGAGGCGCCGCCGCUGCCCCCGCCGCCGCCCCCACCACUGCCACCGCCCCCGCCUCCACCACCGCCGCCCCCGCCGCUGCCCAAGACGGCUCGGGGCGGGAAGAGGAAACACAGACCGCAGCCCCCAGCGCAGCCCGCGCAGCCCACGCCGCAGCCCCUUCCCCAGGAAGAGGAGGUGAAGGCCAAAAGGCCACGGAAGUCCCGAGCCAGCGAGAGUGAUGUCCUUCCCUAGGGCGAGCCUGGGUGGCAGGAUCCGGGCAGGGACUGAUGUGGGGGAGCACAGCAGCCAGGGUGGGGCUGAUGCCCAGCCACAGGGACACCCCGCCCCUCUCUACAGCGGGUGGGCAGGAUGGGCAGAGGGCAGGGUGGAGCUUUAGGGAGCUCUUGGGGUAGUGGAAUGAGGGAACCCCCUCCAAAAAAAGAAAAAGUAGCUGUCGCUGCUGUUCAUUCAGUGGCGGGAUCCUUGCAGGCUGCAGAAGACGGAGGAACGCAAAGCUGGUGCUCAAAGAUGGCCACCUGAUCCUCCUCAUCCCAGGUGUGCCCUUGAUUCCGAUUUCAUUUGCUGGUCAGAAAAAAAGAUAGAUAAAUAAAUAAAUAAAUAAAUAAAUAAAUAAAUAGGAAACACCAUUAGCAAACAUUCCAAGGGGAAGCAAAGCUGAAAAUUUACCAGCUGGCUUGUUUGUAAGCCACUUCCGCAUAAUUGGUUUUUAUUUCUUUUGGUUUGCAAACUCCGCUAGGCUUUGGGGCACCAACAUCAUCUUCAAGUGACCCGAGAGAUGAGUCUUUCCGUUAACAGCACAGUUGCUCAGAUGGAAACUUGUGAUCAGAACGUGGAAUUGGACUGAUAGGCGACCUUAGAUCUGCUCGUGUUCCUGUCUCCUACACUGAUUUUUGCAUUGUCUUUUUCCUGCUUUUUUUCCUUUGUGUUGUGUUUUCAUGUACUCCCGUUAACUUGCUGCCUUCAACUUUGUGAUACACAUCUAAACAAGGUGAACUUGACUCACGUUUGUAAAGUCCACUCUUCGAAUCCUGCCUCAAGGAACCGGCUUUGAAUCCCAAUCAUUGUGAAACAUAACUCAGUACAGUUUAGAAGCUUUUUAAUAAGUGACUCAGAGCAGCCGAUGGAUAUGUCGACCCAAGUGUCAGCCAGGUUAUUUUUAUACUUAAAACAUAUCAGUGGCGAAUAGGCAGGAAAAAAAUGGUUUAAUACCCCCCCCCCCCCCAGCAAGUGGAAUAACUGGAUAAGCCACCAAAAAUCAAAAUCCCACACCCACCAGAAAGAAAACUGUCUAGCAAUGCCUUGGUAUCUGAUUAUUUUCAUGCAAAGAGCUGUCAUAGGUUGUUAAGAAAAAGAAACAAAGACAGUAGAAGUCCAUUAUCUCUUAAUAAUUAUUCCUUAAAAUCGAAGGGGAGUAAGUGUUCUUAUCUAAAAUUAAAAAAAAAAAUAAAAUAAAUAGAAUAAAGUAUUCAAAGGGUACCACCACUCCAAUUGCAUCAAGCCACCUUGGACAAAGUAUCCAAAUUGUGGUUGCCUUAAUACACUAAAACAUUGCUGUACAUAAUGUAAUUAUAAAUCUAUCAGUCUGCAUGGAUGCAAACUGUGUGUGACAAAUCGUCUUUGAAAUGGUCAAUUUCAACUGUACAUUUCUCAUCCAAGUUGUAUUCUAGCCUCUGGUUUAAUGUGGACAGAUAUUCCGUCUAUCAUCCAUUCCACAGCCCAAGUUUGGACUUAACCCACUGCCAUAGAUGUUGUUAAAAGUCAGAUGUGGAAAUUUCAAAAAGUAUUCUCAAUUUCCUCCCUUACGCCUCCCCUUCUUCAAGACAUCAAAUGCCUGGCAUCAUAGCUUAUAUAAAGAGAGACACAUUUUCUAAGGGGAAUUAGGAUAUCUGGUUUACCUCAGAAUUAAGAUUCUUUACAGAAAGUUGAGACCAGCUAAGAAACUGCAUUAUCACAUCAGAACACAGGAUCUCCUUCUCAGAGAGAGGUGGAUCUUUUGGGGGAACAUAGAGUGAAUAAGUGAGUAGUAUCUACUGAAGGAAAUUUGAAAGUCCCAAGUUAAUAUGCUUAUAAAUACACCACCGAGUCGUGGCACCAACAGUUGCUUGGAAUUACAGAGCCAUCCUGAUCUUCACUGUCGAAAUGGACUUCAUGUCAUUUGCAGCCUGCUCGGUCACUCUCUUAUACUUCUAGCAAUACACACAUUUAAAGGACUGUGCUUAUUUCAAGCUUUUAUCCUAGAUACUCAGUUUGUGACCUGGGUUGACCUAUGGCAUUUCACACAAUUUGAACAGCAAAAUCUAAACAGCCAUUUCCAAUCUGUCACUCCCAAGCCAUGUCUGAGUAACUCCAAAGUCACAGGGAGGAAGGUAUAGAUCAGCCCCCUUCCCCCCAACCAUUGCUACGAAAGAGCAGCCAUUUCCAUUCCAAUUAAGCCAUAAAAGGGUUCUCUUCCUGAUGGACUUUAAAAAACCAUUUCUUUCCUCCUCCAUUCUUGUGGUGUAGAGUCUCCCAACCCAAUCUAUAAGCCUUCUUACAGAAGGCUUAUAGAAUCUAAACCUUCCUACAGAAGGCUCAUAGAAUCUAAACCUUCCUACAGAAGGCUUAUAGAAUCUAAACCUUCCUACAGAAGGCUUAUAGAAUCUAAACCUUCCUACAGAAGGCUCAUAGAAUCUAAACCUUCCUACAGAAGAGAGAAAUCUGGUGCUUAUUAAACCUCAAGAGACAUCCACCAUUUGAUUGGCAUUAACCUGUGAUCAGUGAUUAGCUCAAAAGACGUUUGGGUUAGAAUUUCCAAAAGAGUAAAAAGAUUCAGUAGAGAUACACUGGAUCUGCCACUUAACGCGUGAAUUGGGGUGUAUUGUUAUCUUUGAGUUAAAUGUGAGUCACACGGAAAUCCUUGCAUGCAAGCUCUGAGAACUGUCUGGAAGACUAGAGGACCAAAGAGUGUCACGGUGAACACCAGCUGACGAUGCAAGCGAGCCCAUCUGUGUACACGGUGGCUCCCUACUACCCAGUGACUUCCUCACUGCUGCAUCUUUUAUUUCUCUUGUUUUGCAUGAACCUGAUCGCCACAACUAUGUCUGUGUGCCCUAACCACACCCUUAACCUCUGCUUUGCCGCCCAGGCCCCUCCACGAAGCCAGUUGAAUUUCCACAUCCAAGUGGUUUUUACAGCCAGAAAGAGAACCCAGCUCUUGAUUCAAAGUAUGGAGGUUCUUAUCCACACAACACUGCCUUCUGGGGAUGCAUUUCUAUUCCGAGAGGGGUUGUUUAGCAACCUCAAGACCCCAUUUACAGACCUACAAAACGUUUUGUAAUGAUCCCUUGCUUUUAAUUUCAGUCCCCCCCCCCUUCUUUUUAGAAUACUCCUUCAGCAAGUAGGUAGAGACCCACUUACAGUAUAAGGAGACCAAUUAGAGAUGAGAAGGUAAACGUAGGUACAAAAGCUCCUUAGAGGUGCUGAUGGGUCUGUAAUCCACCUUACUAAGGGACUGGAAAGCCAUUUGCUUUUUUGACCCCCUCGUCUCAAAUAAGAGAAACAGAAGUUUAACUUCUUCCAAUAGCCUAGCUGUGGCUAUCAGCCAAGGAAGAAAGGUCAGAGGAAGGGAAAACAGGAGAGGUUGCUCUGUGACUUGGCAAGGCCAGGACUCAGCAGUCACUGGCAGCCUAGCAAAGGUGACUAAGGGCUGGCAGUAGAACGGUGUAUAAACUUGGCUGCCGUCUGAAGUGGGAGGCCAUGUUCAAUGGCAGUCCAAAUGUGUGUUCUGCACAUUGCUGUAUCUAUAAAUAUGAUAAGCAAGUGGUGACAGAAUUCUAGUAGAGGAUGAUGUAUCAUAAGCAGAUCAUAAAGGAUUUGGUAUUAAGACUUAAGUAGAAAAUCUUACUCCUGGCUCAUUACUCAACACUAUCCAGAUAAUGAGUUUGUGGAGUGCGCCUUGCCCUAUCACUAGGAAGGUUGACCUGGGAACUGUCUAAAAGUCUUUACAGAUAUUUCCAAAGCCUUUAAAUGCCAACUGUAGCAUAGAGGGGGAGUGGCGGGAGCUGAAAUGCCUCAAAAGCCAUUUAAGUGUUAUGUCUCGGGAUUUUCAGUCCUACUCAUUAUGUAAAAGUACAUAAAUAUAGACAUUUUUCUCAACACUACCCUAUCGUAUCACAAUGGUCCAAAUGCCAGCGCUUACAGAUAAUGUCAUCACAGUGCCUAGAAACUCAAACUGUAAUAUACCGUAGCAUCUUCUUGGUGUUUCUUCACGUUUCUUUCCACAAAGCAAGGCUCCCUCUGCCUCGUGUUUCUAAGAGAGUUCACCCCACUGAGGAGCCUGCCUUCCCUGUUGGACUCUGUCACUUGGGGGAACAGUCAUAGAAGCACAUAUCAACCAAGGAAGGAACUUCCUGGAUAUCUGUCUCCCACUUGCCCAGGUAUAAUAAACACUAAAGAGGGGAAAACCGAAGAGCUGCCAACUGGUCAAUCUGGAAGGGUAGUUCUGCCCUGGAUUGGUGUCUUUCUUUUUCUUCCUUUUUUAAAAAGAAAUCUAUUUCUUAAAUAAUAAUAAAUGCACAUGAUGUGUUAAAUAUGUACAUAUAUAUUUCAAAAAAUGGGCACAAGAUUGUCUUACAAGUCCUUCUGGCUAAUUUUUAGUUUGUAUUCAUAAGUGGUUUUUAAAAGCCUUUUUUAAAGUGUAAUUUGCAUGUUCUACUUUGAUUGUAUGUAAACAUAUUUUAGAACAAAAAUGUAUUUGUAUUUUAUUGAAUAUAGAGGCAAGAAAAUUGUACAUUGUUUGAAAUGUUCUUUUGUAACAGUUUUUAUUCAUAAAGCAUUUUUGUACAUUUAAACGAACAUGGACUUGCUGUCAUUUGAGGCGUAGCGACAUCUGGCAUGCUUUACUGUCAUGCUCUCCCAUGGUCUUAGAUGUUGGGUUUUAAACAUUUUUUUUUCUAAAAGAAAGUUCAGUCUCUUUUGCUACCAGAUCAGGUUAGCACAGUACAGAGCACUUAACUAUUAAAAUAAAAAAAGUUGAUCCUAUUCAUAUGUUAUUCAUUGUGUGAAAUUAAAGACAUUCAAUUCAGUCUAA